UCGGAUUUCCUCCCUCCUCGUUACCGUGGCCCCUUUCGGUUUCUCCUCCUCGGAGUUAUUUAAAGCCAUCUUCCAUUCUCAGACAAAGGAGAGAGAGAUAUAGAACACAGAAGAAAGAAGCCGGUGGCCAACGUCCCAACGAGAGAAGCAGAGCUCGACGAAGGCUGGGGAAUUGAGAAAGAUCGAAUCGAAGGAGGAGAGGAUGGCGCGAGAGGAGGCGUGGUGUUCAUGCUCCCCCAAGCAGUGUAGGAUCUGCCACGAGGAAGAGGACGAGGGCUUCGCCACCACGGACAUGGAGUCCCCCUGCGCCUGCGCCGGCUCUCUCAAGUAUGCUCACAGGGGAUGUGUGCAGAGAUGGUGCGAUGAGAAGGGGAGCACCCUGUGCGAGAUUUGCCUCCAGAAUUACGAGCCUGGCUACACCGUUCCACCCAAGAAAGCUCGACUUGCUCAUGUCGCCGUCACCAUCAGAGAAAGCCUAGAGGUCCCCAGGCUGGACUACGAGGAGCCAGAGGAUUUGCCGUUGAUCGGGUCUGAUGCGGCGGUGAUCGGCGACCCGGCCUAUGCCGAAUGCGCGCACGCCGCAGGCAGAAGGGCUUCCUGGUGCCGGUCGGCAACGGUGGCGUUUACCGUUGUAUUGCUGUUGAGGCAUCUCAUCGCCAUGGUCACGGUUGGAGCCGCCAAUCAGUAUGCCUUCAGCCUAUUGACAAUAUACCUGCUCAGGGCUAGUGGGAUCUUGCUGCCGUUCUACGUCGUCAUGAGGCUCAUCUCCGCUCUGCAGCACGGGCAGAUGCAGUACCGGCUGCAGCUGCUCCAGGAGCAAAGAAGAAAUGCAUCAAGAAUCCAGAGGGUGUCAGGUCAAGUACUACAGGCACAGCAGCAUAUGAUUCUUGUUGGCUGAAGGAUAGAAUGAAGUGGAUCUCCUGUAAAAUGUAGUACUCCUCAGUCACUUAAUAUGGGACGGAUGGAGUACUAUUUAUCAGGGGCAAAAAGGGAGAAAAGGAGAAGGAAACAUCGUUCAUAAUCUUUCGCAUAUGUACAUACGCACAUUUCUUGCAGUGAUUAAUGAAUUAACAGCUCAAGAUUUAGCUUCGUUA